UCAGCAGCUUUCCGGAGCACCGACGAGAAGCGCUUCUCACGGGAAGACCUGAAGAGCCCUUGACAACCCUUUCGAAAUACCUCGGAAAGCUUGGUCGCGACAACCCUUAGUUCCUCAGCAGGAUGCGGCGUACGCGUCACGUGGUGCUGCCCGUGCGAUCCUGGCAGUAUAUCGGGCUACUGAUAGUAUCGCUGGCAUGCCUGACGCUCGGACUGGUAUCCAGGGAUAGGGAAGGACACGCCGGUAGCCUUGCAGGACCCGAGCUCACGCAUCAAGCGCCCCAUGAGGUGGACGCAUGUCCGAACUUGAACGCUUUCGUGAAAAGCCCGAUUGCCGAACCGGAAGAAGCUACGAAACCGAUUAACGAUCACGGAAUGAAAGUAUACGAAUCCAGAGCAUCGCCUACGUCUCGAAAAUCCCUACUCUCUCGAUCGCUGAGUCUCGAUCGCGCGUCUGGGAGCGGUUCGCGGAACAUCAGAGAGCGACUGUCCGAAAACCGAGACCCGAGGACAGUCGAGAGGCUUUCAAGAUCGAGGACUCGCGUAUCCGACGACGGAUCCGUCUAUCGUUUUCGAGAAUCCCGGUUUAGAACGACAGUCCCGCAGUCCCGCGACAGCUCGUUCGAUCCCGCCACUCGACUCUCUCGAUCGCGAGAUCUAUCUAAUGGAGAAAACCGUUCUGCCAGGCAAAAUUUUCAACGUCGUCUGGCCGAUCCUGCGAGCUCCCGGCUCGAAGAUCGCCGGUCGCGAUCCACGGAACGGCGCGAGCUCAACGAAAUCGCGCAACGGCAAAGUCGCGCCGAUCGUCGAGACUCUCUGAAUCUUCAGCGUCGCACGAGCGAUCAUCGCGAUCGUAGUUUCCCCUUGACGGAACGACGAGUGGAUCGGCGAGAAUCGCGCGACGUCCUGGCGAGCCGUCGCGAGUACCGAGACCUGUCGCGAAAUCGUGUCCCGAAUCACCGAUCCGCGAUACGCGAACGUAGAUCUGUCGAGCGACGCGUGUCAAUCGAACGUCGGGACGCGGAACGGUCGGAUCGUCGCGAGGAUCGCAGGGAUCUCCUCAAUCGUUCGGCGAGAUUCGCACGAACGGAUACCGAUCGCAACAGCAAUCUGGAUCGCCGAAACCGGGAACGGUCUUUGGAAAAUCGCCGCGCUCUUCACGAUCGCGCCGCUAAUCAAGAACGUAGGUCACGAUUUUCGGUCGCUAGGGACUCUCGUGGUGAUCUUAUUAGAUCCGACGAUCGUCGAACGCUAUCUCGUUCGCUGGAACGUGCGGGUGUCAACGAUCUCAAUCGCAAGACUCUCAGCAGACGAGUCAGAUCGGUUCAAGUCAACACCGAGCGAUCCGAGGACCGCGGAUCGUCGAUCCGAUCCAUGGAGCGUCGCGAAAUAGGUCACGGGGAACGCCGGGAAGUUGAGAAUCGUCUGGCCGGUCGUACAUCCCUCGAUCGGGCGACGUCGCGAGCUUCGUCCGAGGGCUUGCGUCGCGAAAGGCUCGAUCGCUCGCAGAGCCGACGUGAUUCGCGUGAAAGCGCGGCAGUCAGGGACAAUCAUAGAGUGGCGCGAUCGCGUUACGACGUCGAAGAGAUCGCGAGUCGGGAACGAAGAGAAAGAUUCGCGCGAUCCUCCCGUUCGGUCGAUCGUAAUUCGGUGGAUCGUCGGGAAACCGCGAGGAUCAGGGACUCUAGAAACCACGAUCGCCGAUCGCGCGAGGAACGAAGGGUCGUUCUGCAGAAACCACGCGAGGCCGAGCGACGACUGUCCGAAGAAAGAGUUGCGGAACGGCGAGUUCUGGAGCGACGAGUCUCUCUGGAUUCGCGUCCCGAUGCGCGAAGAUCGUCAGAACGAAGGAUCGACAGCGCGAAAUCGCGCGAAGGGUCCAGGUUGGCAGAUCGACGUUUGGAAAGAGACGCGGAAUCGCGAAUUUCUCGCGGAAGAACCCUGGAAAAGCGAUCUAUCCUCGAUGCGCGAAGCUCGUCCGAACGAAGGGUCGUUCCUCAGAAGUCACGCGAGGUCGAGCGACGACUGGCCGAACAAAGACUUCCAGAAAGGCGAGUUUUGGAGCGACGAGUCGCUCUGAACUCACAUCAGAAGUCACGCGAGCCCGAGCGACGACUGGCCGAACAAAGAUUUCCGGAACGGCGAAUUCUGGAGCGACGAGUCUCUCUGGAUUCGCGUCUCGAUGCGCGAAGAUCCUCAGAACGGAUGCAGGAUCGACGCGUGGAACGCAACUCCGAAUUGCGAAACUCGAUCUCUGUGCUCUCGAUGGAGCGCAGCGCGAAUUCUAGAGCAGCAGCCCUCGAGAAUCAAGUUCUACGUUCGUCAAAAACGCAACGCGAGAUCAGACAUCUCAAGGAGCGCCGGGUGGCUCGAUCAGUCGAGGCUCGACCCACCGAGUUUCGUGAGAGAGAAUCCGCCAGACACUUGCGCCAGAGAUCAGCGAGGAACAUCGAAGACUCAUCGAGACUCUCUUCUCCUCGCCGAGUCGCCCACGUACCUGAACAAAAUCGCGUACAACGAAGGUUGUCUGCUGAGAGGAUGCUCGCUAGAACCGUAGACAAUGAACGAUUAUCCACAAAACGGGAACGAAAUUUGCAGGACGCGCGCGUUGAGAGGAAGAUGGAAAUCAAAACAAAAGUCGCUCCUAUUUCAAUGAAGGACUAUGAAUUUUUCAAAUAUCCUAUUGCCUACGAUCUCAUGAGGCAAGCUUUCGUCGUGGCAUUAUGUACCGUUUAUGGGCUUUCCCUUUAUAACGGGAAACAAUCCUCCCUCGGCAACAACAUAAUGCAGAAUGCGCAGCGCUUCAUAAUUUGGUAAAAUGGAAAUCGGCUACCAAAAAAAAAAGAACACGGCACCGAAAAUUGCUAUUCCCUGGACUUCUGCUUCUCUGUCGAUCUCGUUAUUUUGUGAAUUAAGAUAUUACGUUGCGAUAUGUGUACUAUUUCUGAGAGUACUCAGAGUGUAGAUUAAUGUACAGCUCGUAUAUGCUCCGUAGAAAUGAAUGUCUAAGAAGAUAUAUUUUGUGCGAAAAUAAAUAGUUGCAGUUGUAGUUAAA